CCUGGCCAGAUUCCUCUAGGAUUAAACAUCGGAUAACAGAAGAGGAUAAGCCGAGCAACUCCCACAUUGCCACCCCAGAGCACUUCUCUGCUCCUGCCCUCCCUCGCGGCCUCGCCUCGCCGGAGCACAUCACCCCAGGAACCUGUUAAAAUGGCGACCACCGCCACAGCCAUGGCGAUGGCCACUACCUCCACUGCCGCCCACGUUGUUCCCGCACUGUUCUCCUUCCUUCAACAGCGCCUCCGUCUCCGCCCCAAAGCCCGUAUCUCCACCUUCCACCGCCUCCUUCUCCCUGUCUCCAGGUUCUCCACCCGGGACGGUUCGGCCUCCUACCAAGAAGAGGAUGAGGAAGGAGAGGCGGAGGAUUCUGCGGAAGCCGCCUUCGGGGAUGAGGUGGGGGAGGAUGAGGACGACGAGAAGCCGCAGCCGGAGGAGGUGUCCUCUACGGAGUUUCAGUUCGCGGCACCACCGGAGGGAUACAUCGAGCCGGCGUCAUUCGACGAGUUGCCGCCGGAAUCACCAGAGGACGUGGCAGCAGCGUACGAGUCGCUCUACGGGCCGGCCUUCAGCGGCGAGUCGUUGAUGGGGAACAACGUGUUCGAGGUGAAAGUUGUGGAUCCCGUCGACAUGGACCGGGACCAGCGCCCCAACGACGAGUUCAGCGAGCGUGUCGUGCAAGUUAGCCGAGUCACCAAGGUCGUCAAGGGUGGGAGACAGCUCUCCUACCGUGCCCUUGUCGUGGUCGGCGACAUGAAGGGACACGUUGGUGUUGGCGUCGGCAAGGCCAAAGAAGUCUCAGAGGCCAUCACCAAGGCUGCCAUGAACGGCCGCCGCAAUCUCGUUACAGUGCCACUAACCAAGUACUGCACUUUCCCGCACAGAGCUGAGGCGAACUAUGGAGCAGCGAAGGUCAUGCUGAGGCCUGCUUGCCCUGGAUCUGGUGUCACUGCAGGUGGAGCUGUGAGGGUUGUGCUGGAGAUGGCUGGAGUUGAAAAUGCUCUUGGGAAGCAGCUGCGAAGCAAGAAUCCUCUCAACAAUGCAAGGGCUACCGUCAAGGCGACGCAGAUGAUGAGACAGUUCUCAGAUGUGGCUGCAGAGCGUGGACUUCCGAUGGAGGAGUUAUGGAAAUGAUGAAACAAAAUCAUUAAACUGCCUGACCGAAUUCUUAUCUUUUUUUCUACUGUAUUUCUUGAGUUCGUUUCCUGUUGUAUCUAUAUAUUGGGAUAAAUAGGGGUGCAAAUGGGGGUACCCUUUGGGGUACUGUGACCUCUGAAAAUUUAGUUCACUUGGUUGAA